CGCGUCUGGCACGCACUGCGCAGCCGCGGUGGGAGGAGGCACCGGCCGCGCGGCGGGAGGAGGUGGCGGCCGAGCAGCGCAGACAGCGCCGGGAAGAUGAGCACGGCAGGUGGUGGCCGUCGCUGCCAGGCACAAGUGUCCCGCCGCAUCUCCUUCAGCGCGAGCCACCGAUUGUACAGUAAAUUUCUAAGUGAUGAAGAAAACUUGAAACUGUUUGGGAAAUGCAACAAUCCAAAUGGCCAUGGGCACAAUUAUAAAGUUGUGGUGACAGUACAUGGAGAGAUUGACCCUGCUACGGGAAUGGUUAUGAAUCUGGCUGAUCUCAAAAAAUAUAUGGAGGAGGCGAUUAUGCAGCCCCUUGAUCAUAAGAAUCUGGAUAUGGAUGUGCCAUACUUUGCAGAUGUGGUGAGCACGACUGAAAAUGUAGCUGUUUAUAUCUGGGACAACCUCCAGAAAGUUCUUCCUGUAGGAGUUCUUUAUAAAGUAAAAGUAUACGAAACUGACAAUAAUAUUGUGGUUUAUAAAGGAGAAUAGCUAUUGGGGUUAGCAUUGCACAAAGCCCAAUUUCUUUCUGUGUUUGAAAAAGAUUUUGAUGCCCUUGGAAUAUUAAGAGGUCAACACGUGAUUGUUGUACGUACACAUUGUGCUCUGGAGUGCCUAUUUAUUGAAAUCAUUGUAAGACCUGUUAUAAAUUUAAGUCUAUUUAAAACUAAACUUGUAGUGUACAUCCUGAAAA